UGGUUAUGCAAAGAAACUCUUGUGCCUGAGGCUCCAAAGUCCCAGGUUCAAUCACGUGCACCACCAUAAACCCGAGCCAAGCAGUGCGCUGGUAAAAACCAAUAAAUAAAUAAACAAAUAAGUAUAAAUGAAGAAGAGGGACAAGGACCCAGGUUCAAGCCCCCGUCCCCCCCGUGCAGGGGGGAAAGCGUCACAAAUGGAAAUAGACAGACGGUUGGAAAAAAAACUGAAGAUCACACAAAAGGAGAGCAGGAAACCCAAGUCUCCUCCCAAAGGGCCCAUUGUGAUCCAGGACGAUAGCCUCCCCGCGGGGCCCCCUCCACAGAUCCGCAUCCUCAAGAGGCCCACCAGCAACGGCGUGGUCAGCAGCCCGAACUCCACCAGCAGGCCGGCCCUUCCUGUCAAGACCCUCGCGCAGCGGGAGGCAGAGUACGCAGAGGCCCGAAAGCGGAUCCUGGGCAGUGCCAGCCCUGAGGAGGAGCAAGAGAAACCCAUCCUCGACAGGCCAACCAGGAUCUCCCAGCCCGAAGACAGCAGGCAGCCCAAUAAUGUGAUCAGACAGCCUUUGGGUCCUGAUGGGUCACAAGGCUUCAAACAGAGAAGAUAAAUGUGGACAAGAGAGGAUGCCACCGCCGCCGCCGUCACCGUUACCGUUACCGCCGUCACCGUUACCGCCUCCGGGGCUGUCUGCCGUGGGCCGCACUGCCGUGGCAGACAGCUGGACUUGAGCAGAGGGAACGACCCGGUUUACUUGCACUGUGACCCCUUUGCUCCGCCCACUGUGACCUUGAACCCCAUGCACUGUGACCUCCCCCAUCUCCCCUUCCCACUGUGAUUGGCAUGUCUUACAAGGGCUGUCCCAGGUCCAGGGAAGGGAGAGGGUGGGGGCUCGGGGAGGGUUGGGAGGACCCAGCAAGGACUCAGAGUAGGACUCUACCAGAGUAGAGAGGCAGUGCCACUUGGCCGCUUGGGGUAAAGCCAGUGCCAGCAAUAACAGUUUAUCAUGCUCAUUAAUUUGGGAUUUCAGAACACAAAUGAGAACUCCCACCCCCCCACCCCACCCCCCCACCCCCAAGUGCAUGUCUUCAUCACUUAGAAGUAAGUUCCAUUUGAAAAUACCCUUUCCUUUCCUUUUUUUUUUUUUUCUUCUUCUUCUCUCUCUCUCUCUCUUCCUACUUUUUGUUUAUACAGAUAUCUGAUUUGCAAGCAAAAAAUGCAUGGGAGGGGUUUUAGCAGUUUAAUGAAUUUUUAAUUGGGAAAGGGUAGUUUGGUAGUCUACUUAAAAAUGUUUCUGGGAAAUUCACCAGAGACGUUGACCAAUAGGAUUUUGGUGAGCUUAGCUUCUGUAUUCCUACUGCCACCCAGAAAAGGGGCAGGGCUCUGCAGCCCCCAGGACAGAUGAGCACCCCAUGCCUAUACCUCUCUCCCCCCAGCUAAGUCCAGGGCACCUUGGCUCUGCUUGGAGACUGGGCUGGCUGUCUAGGCUCAGAGAGCCUGGGGAGAGCUUCAACCCCACCUCUAGUAUUUUGGGAGACGGGGAAAGUCGAGCAGACUUCCCCUUCCCAGUACCCCUCAGGGUAGUUCCCUACCAGCCAGGCUUGCUACUUGGUGAAGAAAGCAGGGAACGAGUCUACUCCUGGGCUUAGGAGUAAGGCCUGCUCGGUAUUUACUGUCGGCACCAGGAGGACCGGGAGAGAGUCUGAGCCUCCUGCCUAGCGUGGCCAGAACGGGGGUCGAUCUCCCGCUCCAGAGAGGCCUGAACCCUCCGCGCGCGGUCUGUGAGGCACCAUCUCUGCUGGUGGCACCAGCUUGGUAACUGUUCCUGGCGCGUUUCCUGUGGGAAAUCACCGCCUCGACAGCAGACCGUUGAGAACCCAGGUGAAGGGAGGCAGCGCGUCGCAAAGAUCGGCCCUAACGGACUUGUUUCUCCGUAGCCGAGGCCACCCGUCACCUCGUUUUCCAGAGCCAUGGCCUGGACUGAGGACGGUUCCCCCCCACCCCUGGAGCCUGGCGCUGUCCUUGGACUGCUUGAGUCGUAGAGGCUUAGAGGCUUAGAGGGCCGCCGCCCAGAGCAGCUCUGUGCAGUCUGGCUGCCCUCAGGCUGCCGGUCUCCGCCGAUGCGCUGCGCCUUAUCCCUCAGCCAGCCAGCCAGCCAGCUCCCCGGCUCGGUGGGCGAGUUCUCAAGUGGCCGGCGUGAUGUUUUGCGAGUCUGAUUUCGCAGGCCCGUUGCAGCGUGGGUUUGCCCGGUUCUCAGGCUUCCCCGGCUGGAGCGUAGGCCAGGCCCACAAGCCAUGCCCCACCACACCGCACCGCCCCUUGGGAGGAAGGACCGACUGCCAGCGGAGGCAGCCGCUGGUCCGCAACACAACCUUGGAGCUGCGUGCGGCCGCAGCCAGGAGGUAGUCUGCAAGCAGACCGGAACAGAGCCCCGGCGCUGUGAGGCCACGGGGCGGCUCCGAGGGGCAUUACCUCCAGGAGUGAGCCGGGGAGGUGGUUGGCUGCUGCUUUUCUAGUUCUACUGCCCUAAGUCUAUAUUAUGAAUGUGUAGUGUCCACCUGUCGUGUGACAGUUCUGGCGCGUCAGUGGGAAAGGUGCCGAGGUAGGCCAGGUGGCAGGUAGGCAGGAGUGCUGACCGCUGGGCGCGGGGCUGCCUGUACGCGCCGCCUCUGGUGGGGGCGAAGGGGAAGGCUGGCUGCUGGGUGCCCAGAUGGAGGACUGCAGGGCAUUGGUGUCGCCACCUCCCUGCCCACUGUGUGCCUGUCACCACCCACCAGCAGUCAUACCCUUGGCCUCCCAGAUGGAGAGGUGGCAGGCAAGAUGAAAGAAAGAAAUGAAAACAGGAACCUGUAUUGUGUUGGGGGCGGGUGGGAGGGGAGAUGGGAGAGCGGUUUGGAUUCUGUGUGUGUGUGUGUGUGUGUGUGUGUGUGUGUGUGUGUGUGUGUCUGUGUCUGUGUCCCCGUGUGCGUGCAUGCAUAUUUUUUUUUCUUUUUGGUAGUUGUCUUAACUUUCCUUAAAUGCACCCCCCUCCCCUUUUUGCAAAGCUGCAGGCUUUGGCUUGGGAAACCCUCGGGGGGUGAUGGGGGCAGAAACCUGAGGCUGCUGCCCCUUUGUCUGCCUUCAUGGUAUUGUCCCCUUCCCUCAGCUCCUCCCUCUCCCCAUGAGCCAGGCCUCAGACCUGCCAGCUAACCGCUUCCCAUGAGCCACUACUCUGAUGUCAGCCUAUAACCAAAGGAGCUGGGGCCCAAGCCUGGUGACCAACCCUUCUCAGCCCACUCAGUCAGGGUGCUCCCCACCUGCAGGCAGGAGGCAACACCCUCUCUGCUACCAUCAGCCCCUUCCAGAGCCCCCUGCCCUGCCCUGCCCUGCCCUGCCCUGCCCAGUCCAGCCAUACCCUGCUAUGCCCCAUCUGGGGGUGCUCUGCUCAGGGAUGGGCGGCAGGGCUGUCCCAGCCUCCCUGGUAGGCAGAGACUCUGGAAACCUCUAGGGUCCUGCCUUCUGGCCGUGUGUGAUCCCAAGGGUACGCGUGGGCCCCUUGGGUGUCUGAACAGAAGGACACGGGAGGGAGGGCAGCACCCCUGCCGUCUGCUCUGCUCUGCUCUGCUCUGCAGGUCUGGCGGGCAGCUGUCCACCUCGCUCCAUCCAUCCCAUCCCACCCCGCGGACUCCUGAGUCGGCAGAUUAAGCAUUUUAUAAAUUGUAUUUUAAAUACAUGUUUUAAACUUGUCA